ACAGUGGGGAUGGCGGAGCCACGCAGAGUAGCGUUGAUUAGCCUGUCACCGGUGAGGCGGCGCGAGGCCGAGUUCCCGGGGGCCGAACGCGAGCCCGAGUACCCUCGCGAGCCCCCCCGGCUGGAGCCUCAGCCUUACCGCGAGCCGGCCCGGACGGAGCAGUCGGCCCCGCGGGAGCUUGCCCCCCGGUCGGACGCGCAGCCCCCGCCGCGGGAGAAGCCGCUCCCCCAGCGCGAGGUCAGCCGCGCCGAGCCGCCCAUGUCGCUGCAGCGCGAGCCCCCGCGGCCCGAGCCGCCGCCGCCGCCGCUCCCGCAGUUGCACUUGCAGCCGCCCCCGCCGCGGGAGUCGGCUUCCCGGGCCGAGCCGCAGCAGAGGCCGCCGAGGGAGACAGUGCGCCUGGAGCUGGUGCUCAAGGAUCCCACCGACGAGAGCUGCGUGGAGUUCAGUUACCCGGAGCUGCUGCUGUGCGGAGAACAACGGAAGAAGCCCAUUUACACAGAAGACCCAUUUAAUGAUGAUCAUAAAGAGAGGCAAGAAGUGGAAAUGUUGGCUAAGAAGUUUGAAAUGAAAUAUGGUGGGAAGCCCCGUAAACAUCGAAAGGAUCGGCUACAAGAUUUGAUCGAUAUAGGCUUUGGCUAUGAUGAGACAGAUCCAUUUAUUGAUAACUCAGAAGCUUAUGACGAAUUAGUUCCUGCUUCUCUAACAACAAAAUAUGGAGGCUUUUAUAUCAACACUGGCACUCUCCAAUUUCGCCAAGCUUCAGAUACUGAAGAAGAAGAUAUUACAGACAACCAAAAGCACAAGCCACCCAAAAUUCCCAAAGUAAAAGAAGAUGAUAUUGAGAUGAAGAAGCGGAAGCGGAAAGAGGAAGGGGAAAAGGAGAAGAAGCCAAGGAAAAAAGUACCCAAACAACUGGGAGUUGUGGCUCUAAAUUCACACAAAUCUGAAAAAAAGAAGAAACGUUAUAAAGAUUCUCUUUCUCUAGCUGCCAUGAUAAGAAAAUUUCAAAAAGAGAAGGAUGCAUUAAAGAAGGCGUCUAACACUAAAGUCCCAGUGAACUUCUCAGCCUCUUCUCUGAAUAAACCCCCCGCUCCUGCUGCACCAUUGGGAAGUGAUGUCUCGGACCUAAAUCUGAAUAGCGCUGAUCCGGACCUCCCUAUUUUUGUUAGCACAAAUGAGCAUGAACUGUUUCAGGAAGCUGAAAAUGCCCUGGAGAUGCUAGAUGAUUUCGACUUUGACAGACUGCUGGAUGCUGCUUCUAACGGUAGCCCCCUCUCUGAGUCAGGGGGAGAGAAUGGAAACACCACCCAGCCAACCUAUGCCUCUCAAGUUAUGCCCAAGGUGGUACCUACCCUCCCAGAGGGUCUGCCUGUCCUUCUUGAAAAACGUAUCGAAGACCUCCGUGUAGCUGCCAAACUUUUUGAUGAAGAAGGAAGGAAAAAAUUCUUCACACAGGAUAUGAAUAAUAUUCUUCUGGACAUUGAGUUACAGCUGCAGGAACUAGGCCCCAUCAUUCGUAGUGGUGUCUACUCCCACCUUGAAGCUUUUGUGCCAUGCAAUAAAGAAACACUGGUAAAACGUCUAAAGAAGUUACAUCUCAACGUCCAGGAUGAUCGUUUAAGAGAACCUCUGCAAAAACUGAAGCUGGCUGUUAGCAAUGUCAUGCCUGAACAGCUAUUUAAAUACCAGGAGGACUGCCAGGCUCGUAAUCAAGCUAAAUGUGCCAAGUUUCAAACAGAUGAAGAACGAGAAAAAAAUGGAUCUGAGGAAGAUGAUGAUGAGAAACCAGGGAAACGUGUCAUAGGACCAAGGAAGAAAUUCCACUGGGAUGACACCAUUAGAACUUUGUUAUGUAACCUUGUUGAGAUCAAAUUGGGAUGCUAUGAGUUAGAGCCAAAUAAAAGCCAGUCUGCUGAGGAUUAUCUUAAAUCCUUUAUGGAGACAGAGGUGAAACCAUUGUGGCCUAAGGGCUGGAUGCAGGCAAGAAUGCUUUUUAAGGAAAGUCGGAGUGUACAUAAUCAUCUUACUUCUGCUCCGGCAAAGAAAAAGGUGAUUCCUGCACCUAAACCCAAAGUAAAGUUGCCCCUAGGUGCAUUUGCUGAUUUCCAUCACCUUCUCAGAGCACAGCAGGAGUGUAGUCCAAAAAAGGACCAGAAAACUCCUGCAUCCUUGGCGGCUUCAGUUGGUGGUCCUUCAACGAGCUCCAACACAUCUGCCGUGGCCUCAACCAGUUCUAGCUCUACACCAGCCCAGGAGACGAUCUGCCUUGAUGACUCACUAGAUGAAGAACUGUCUUUUCAUCCACCCGCACUGGAUCUUGUUUCUGAAGCUUUAGCCGUUAUCAACAGCGGGAACAAGGGCCUUCCAGCUGGCUCAAGGAUAAGUGUGCCAACUGCAAAACCUCGUCCAGGACUGAGAGAAGAAAAAUUAGCAAGUAUCAUGAGUAAACUGCCACUGGCUACUCCCAAAAAACUAGAUUCUGCUCAGACCGCACAUUCAUCAAGUCUUAUUGCUGGCCACACAGGGCCAGUACCAAAGAAACCCGAGGAUUUAGCUCAUACUGGCAUCUCUUCAGGCCUUAUUGCUGGUUCUUCAAUUCAGAACCCUAAAGUUUCCUUAGAACCUUUGCCAGCCAGGUUACUUCAACAAGGACUACAGAGGUCAAGCCAGAUUCAUGCUUCUUCCUCCUCACAGACCCAUGUCUCCUCUUCUUCCCAAGCCCAAGUUGCUGCCUCCUCUCACCCUCUGGGAACAUCAGAGGCCCAAGAUGCUUCUUCAUUAACACAAGUAACAAAGGUGCACCAGCAUUCAGCUGUCCAACAGAACUAUGUGUCUCCAUUGCAAGCAACUAUUAGUAAAUCACAGACCAAUCCAGUGGUGAAAUUAAGUAAUAAUCCCCAACUGUCUUGUUCAUCCCCACUUAUUAAGACUUCAGAUAAGCCACUUAUGUACCGCCUUCCCUUAUCUACUCCCCCACCUGGAAAUGGUUCUCAAGGGUCCCACUCCCUGGUUUCUAGGACAGUACCUAGCACCACUACCUCCAGUAACUAUUUAGCCAAGGCGAUGGUGUCACAGAUCUCCACGCAGGGUUUCAAAUCUCCCUUCUCAAUGGCUGCAUCCCCCAAACUUGCCACAUCUCCCAAACCUGCCACAUCUCCUAAACCCUUGCCAUCACCUAAGCCUUCUGCCUCACCCAAGCCCUCUCAGUCAGCUAAGCCUUCAGUAUCAACUAAACUUAUUUCCAAAUCCAACCCAACUCCUAAACCUACUGUAUCCCCAAGUUCUUCCAGUCCAAAUGCACUAGUGGCCCAGAGUAGCCACUCCAGCGGUAACAACCCACUCCAUAAACAGCCCAGUGGAAUAAACAUCAGCAGACAGUCUCCCACCUUGAAUUUAUUGCCCUCUAAUCGCACUUCAGGCCUUCCGUCUACAAAAAAUCUUCAGGCCCCUUCAAAGCUAACAAACUCAUCAUCCACUGGAACUGUUGGGAAGAAUAGCUUGAGUGGAAUUGCAAUGAAUGUACCUGCCAGCAGAGGUAGCAACCUUAACUCAAGCGGAGCUAAUAGGACUAGUCUAUCUGGGGGAACAGGAAGUGGAACACAGGGUGCUACUAAACCGUUGUCUACUCCACAUAGACCAUCCUCUGCCUCAGGGUCUUCAGUGGUAACAGCCAGUGUGCAGUCCACAGCAGGAGCAUCAUUAUUGGCUAAUGCCUCACCUCUGACUCUCAUGACAUCACCUUUGUCUGUAACAAAUCAAAAUGUGACUCCUUUUGGGAUGCUGGGUGGCCUUGUUCCAGUGACCAUGCCCUUCCAGUUUCCCUUGGAGCUACUUGGCUUUGGAACGGACACAGCUGGAGUGACAACCACCUCGGGAUCUACCUCAGCCGCUUUCCACCAUAGCCUAACUCAGAAUUUACUAAAGGGUUUACAGCCAGGAGCUCAGCAUGCAGCAACGCUUUCCCACUCACCUCUGCCUGCACAUUUACAGCAAACGUUUAAUGAUGGAGGCCAAAGUAAAGGGGACACUAAAUUACCACGGAAAUCUCAGUGACUUCCCAGCAAGCAAAAGAGAUGACACACUCGGCUGGCUGAUGGAAUCUACCUGAUGGGAAAGUACUCAUGUGGUCAUAGGGCUGCUGUUCUGUCAAUGUUUACAUUCUCUCGUCCCAAGCACUGUGGUGAGGAGGAAAAAGAAAAGAAAACAUUACUUGAGUAAAGCCAGGUGCAGGAGGAAGAAAUGCUUUCUGCAAAGUUAGUGACCUUUGGUCUCUUCUAAAGAAAGACAAAGUUACCAUAUUAACUGACUUGAAAGAGACUCAGUUGUCAAACCCACAGAAAUACAAAUUUGAUUUUUCCCCGGGGGAGGAAGCAGGAAAUUAAGGAUUUGGGUAAACUCCAUCCAUCCUGGGGGUUGGAUCUGAACAUUUGUAGACAUAACUGCAUAAUAAAAGGCAAUACUUCUGAAAUUAGUCCAGUUUGUCAGGAGUAAUGAUCAUGUCUGAGUGGACUAUGUAGCAAAUUUGCCACAAAAGAAGUUAAUGACCCUAUGUCUGAUAUAGACAGUAGCUGAGUAUAAAUCAUGUACCCUCAAAAAUCCUGAGCAAACUUGAAUCUUCUCCAGUGUAUAGCAACUCCUGUGUAAAUCAGUGGACUAAAGAUGCUUCAGGAAAGUCAUUUUAGCACAGUGAUAUAUAUUACAUUUUUAAGUAGAAAAAUUGAGCCUGUUGCUCUUAACAGACGAAACUUAGAUGUUCCCUUUUUGUAAAAGGGUCAAUUACAUCUUCCAUUCAGAAGCAGGUACUUAACUCUCUUCUUCAGGUGAUUUGUGCAUCUGGUAUUGACUGGUUAAUUCUUUCCAUUCUUGAUGUUAAAAUGUGACUGUGUUCACAUUUUCCUCUUGAGAAAUGGGAAUCUUUGAUGUAGAGCUGGGGCUUUGGUCCACUUAGCCUUUGCAGGCCUGCCAGUAUGAACUGUAAAUCUCCCCCAACAUCACCUCAGCUCACAACUUCUCCUUCUGUUCUUUUAGCUAGUGGUAUUUCAGGUGAUUAUUAACUAUUGACAUAAACAGGUAUAAGUGUGUAUUACAGUGCUUCAUUGGUCAUUCAAAUGGCAUAUAUGUAUUUUUUUGGAAUUUUGAAGAUAGUAUUUUAAAGGGAGGAAUUAAAUUAGGAUCAUUGUGUGUACAGGGGAUUAUUUUUAUAACAACCAUAGUGUAUUUUUACUCCCUGUAUCCAAUGUAGUGAAAUUGAUUUGGAGCAUUUGGGAUUUUAAAGCUUUACUAAUAUUUACUCAGAGUAUUGAUAUGUGGGUAAACCUGCAGAUAAGAAGACUCUUUCAUUAUUAUAGCUUCCUCAUGCAAAUAGCAUAUUCAACAAAGGAUGUUAAGGGAGAAAUUUAUGGUUACGUUUGGAUACAUUUUGAUUUUUUUCACCUCAUCAUUGUUCUUGUCUCUCUUUUUUAUUCCUAUUUAGGCUUCUGAAUGUUUUCAAACUGUACCCAAGAAUGGUGUAAGCUUGGUCCAUUAAUAAUGACAGACUAACCUAAAAAAAACAGUAUCAGAUUGGUAGUAGCAAGAUUUCUUGCAUAUGUUUUCAGUAUAAAUCAUUCUAUACCCUUAUGUUUAUUCAGAUAAGGGUAUUAACCAGGCCCUUUUUUCCUUUCAUAAGCAAAAGUUCCAAGUAGCCUUUAGGACUGUGAAUAAAUUACCACAGAUCUCUUUAGAUCUGUAAGCCUAUAUUUUGACUUCAAAGUCACAUUGGCUUGCUUUAUAGCAAAAAAAAGUUAAUAACUGAAAACUUUAGUUCCAAGAACUUGUUACACUAAGGGAAAAGGAUUGUUUCAAAAGGAAUCAUUGAUAUAAUUACUUGCCUCUAAGAAUUCAGUUUACCAAUAAAGCAAGUAAGAAUGUUGUGUCAACCUUGGUGGAUAUUUUGGAAGGAUAUGGGGAUGUUGCCGAUAGGUUUGACUUGAAUUGAGUAUGUUUGAUUAGAGUUUGUUUGUUUUAACUAGCAAAGCUUACCCAAUUCUUGAGUUGUUCCAAUGUAGCAUACCUCUUGCUUUUAUCUAAUUUAGAAGAAAAAAGUCCUUGUUAAUCUAUAGGAAUUUUCCUUUGGGAAGUCGCCUUUGUUUUACUUCCCAUACCAGGAGAGGAGUCAGAGUACACAUUAAUCUCUCUUCCCGAUAGUUGUGCAUGUAUUCAUCUGUGUGUUUAUCUGUACACAUAUAUUUAUCUAUAUAUAAAAUAAGUUCAUUAUGUAGUUUAAGUCGAUGAAUAACAACUUUAAUUUCUUAAAUCCAUCAACUCUGAAUCAUGCCAUGUGAAGAUCCCUGAUGACUGUCUUCAUUAGAGAAAAAGAGGAUUAUCAUUUCUUCCCCCAGUAUCGUUUUAUAACUAACCAGUAAAAAUAACUGAAGGCCAUUGGCUCUGAGAAGUCCUCAUAUGUGGAGAUUCUCUUCUGUUCUCUUCAGUCCUGAUUAUGUGAGGACUACUGCCUCACUGCACCACAUUUUCACUACCUUAAUCCAUUUCAAUCAAGACUACCCUUUUAUGUUGUACAAAUGAAACAAACAUCCUUAUAUUUCUUAAAAAGUAUGAUCACAGAGUUACUAUUGAUACAUGUAAAUACCUAUUUAUUUUCUAGGUCAUAACAUUGAAGAUGGUGUCCGUACUGUACGGUCACCUAUUUUUACAGUUUUUUUUUACUAAAAACAUACAUACAAAUCGGUUAUUUUUCAGCACAGAGGCUUGUGACUCAUAUUCUAUUUUUGCACUUGAAAGUCAAAUUAUGUUAUUUUUUAAAAUGGUGAGUAAUUGGAAAGGAUAUAGAGCAAUGUGUAUUUCUGAAAAGCAUUAGCAGCAUCCCAGUGUAAAAGUAAUCAGCACACAAUUAUGUCCCAUUCAGCGGGAUUCUUGAUUCAGGAAAAGUAAGCUGUUUGUUUUCAACUGACUUGUAUUUUAAAUUGCCUUCACUGAUGUGUAAGCUGUUACUGUACAUACAAGUUAAUCCUCAGUAUUCACGAGCAAUAAUGAAUGGUCAGCAGAGUUGUCUCCAGAGAUAGCAGUGCUGAGCCUCGGUUGGAGACUGAGAGCAAGUGUCAAGCUCAUUCAGAGCCUCCACAAUAGAUGUAAGCAAUAAUUUCAUUAUAAGUCGAUUAUAAUUCUUUCUCAUACACUUCUGAGAUCAGAGGUAAAAGAAAUCAUGGUUUUAAAACAGCCUGAAGAAAUUAAGUUUUGGGAAAAGAAGUGAGGUUAAUCUAAAGUCACAAAAAUCUUGAUGUUGAGGGAAUCAGAGGAUUGUGUUAGUACUUUCUUUCAUGCCUACCACCCCUUUGAUGGAUGUUGUUAGCCCAAAUUACUUUUUUUAAUAUCAUAGAAGCUGAAUAGGGUUUAUCAUAUCACUAGGGCAGGAGGAAGAACCGGGCACACACACGUUUGAAAGCUGUGGGUUUGACACCUGUUUGAAAACAACUUACAUGAAAAGAUUUUUAACCCAGGAUUUUUUUUUCCCAAAGCAGAUCUAAAUUGUUUACUACCCAGGUUUGGAAAGGGCAGACACCUCUAAUCUUUCUCCUCUCGUUGCCCUGUACCACACCCCUUUCCACCUCUACUUGGUUCAAGAUAUUUUCUGAAAUGGAAUUCUACUGUUAUUCAAACUGCCAUUGAUUAUGAGAACGCUGUGUUCCUUGGGAUCAUCUCUUAGAACUCCAGUUAUCUAUCAGAUUUGCUGCUACAUUUGUAAAAUGAACUUUGCCUGUAAUGGUCAACUUUAAUCUAAUUUACAGUUCUUUCUAGGAAGUUUUGUCAUAUUAUUUGACCCAUGUAUAGAAUUAAGAUACUUUAUUUUAGGGGUGUACCAUAAAAGCACACUGGUCCCUGUAGUCUUUUUAUCAUCAUUUAGGUUUUGAAUUUUUGUUUGCUUUUUGUUUGUUGAUGUUUGUUUUGUCUUGUUUUAAAUUAGAAAUAGAAGAGUGAGAGAAAUCUAUAAUCAGGCCAAACUUGAGAACUUGCCCUGUGCUUCAGCACUGUAGUUUCUGCUGACCUUAUGUUCUCAAAAGGGCACUUUUACUUUCUGUUGUGCAUGUAUGAUUGUUUUUGUUUGUUUGUUUUGAUUUUUGCUUUUUAGGGGGCUUUUGUUUUUGUAAUAAUGAUGCAGAAGAAAAAUGCAGUAGUUGGUAAAUGACAUUACAAACAUGUUAUACAAUUUUAUUUUAUAAAAUUUAAGGGGAAAGAUUUAAUUCUGUAAAUCAUUUCUUAGCUCUGGUAAAAUGGCUUAUCUAUUACUCCUCUAAAACAUACUCAAUUCAGGCCUUUGUCUUUGUUAAGUGCCUUUUUUUUUCUUUCUUUUUCCCUCUUUUGAAACUGUUCUCAGAUACCCUAAAGUACAGGCUAAUAUAUCAGGGGAUUCAGAAGGAAGAAUCUCAAACUUGCCAAGAUGAUGUAAUGCUGUAAUAUUCUUCCUUUUCCUUAUAUGUAUAUGGAUAUAUGUGUAAGAUACAUACAUACAUGCAUACAUAUAUAUGUGUAUAUAUAUGUAUACAUAUGUAAUAUAUAUUAUAUAAAACUAGUAGCUGCUGUACCAUUGCAUCCUUUCCAAGCACUCCCCUUUUAAUGUUUGCAAAAUUUCUGCCUUGUUUAUUCCAUUGCUUUUAGUCAAUUCAAAUGGGUAGAUUGGGCAAUUGUCUUUUUACAAGAUACUGUCUUCCCCCUUUGAAUGUCUGUUUAUAGAAGUUAACAGCAACAACAACAACAACAAGUAUAUAUAUAAAAUGUCAGUUAUUAUAAGUAAAAUUUAGUGGACUCAUUGACUAUUCCUGGAUGUAAUCCACUGCUUUCUGUCAUUCAAAUUGGCAUGCCUAAUACUGGAUAAAGCAUUGGAAUAACAAGAGUCUUUCCUUCUGGGUCAAGCUGAUAAGGUACACGAUGGCAGGCAAGACUAAAGACGUGGGAGAGCUAGAGUUAGAACCAUGGUAUUGUUUCUGAGUUUUGAAGGAAGUUACCAACUUUGUCAAUAUGAAAAUGCAUUGUAUGUUCUUCUGGGAAAUGAUUUUCGAAGAAUUCAUAUAGCUGCAUAUCUGUCAAAAGGUUAAUAAACUUUAGAAGUAGAAAGACUUCAGAUACUGAGGAAAACAUAUAACGCAUAGCAUUCUUGAGAGAGGUUCAGUUUUCUUAUUUGCCAAAUAAUUACAUUUGGCUUAAUAUGAUUUAAUGGUUAUUUAUGUUUCUCCCUUGAGCAAAAAAUAAUAUCUGGUAGCUAAUAUUCAUCUGUUGUUGAAAACAGACGUGACAUGUUAAAGGAGACUAAGUUGAACCAAUCCUCGAAACCCAGUACAAAUAUCUCUAAUAAAUGCCCCCUUUUAAAUACAUUUUAACUGAGAGGAGGAGACUAAUGGCCAAAAAGGAGAAAGCAGAGGCUCCUGGUAGUGUUACCUGAUAGCAAGACUGUUGUCAGGCAGCCUCAGUUCAGUCGUGUUACUCUUAAAUUACUGUGUUUAGGGGGAAUAUCAUUUAACCUUUGUGCCUCAGAUUACCCACUAGAAAAUUGGGUAUAAUAAUAUUCACCUACCUCCCAGGGAUAUCAGAGACUUUUUCAAAAAUAUUUUGAGUUUUUCUAAAAUGUCCUAUAUGAUUAAAAAAGUAUUAUCAUCUUCCUGCAGAGGCUAAAAAAUAUUUCCCUAUGAUGGGUAUAAAAAGCACCAUAUGAUUUUUAAGUUAAAAAAAAAAUCACUGGAAUUCUAAUUUAGAUACAUAUUUGUUAUUUAAACAUAUUAUAUUUGUGGUUGGAUAAAAUGCUUCGUUUCAGGUUAAUAAGUGGGGAGGGGUAAAUAACACUAAGUUUCUUAAUCAUAAGUAGAUUUUUUUUAGCCAUUCAUGCUAUUACUACACGUGUGAUUUUUGCCAAGGUUGUGGAGCUGAAGCUAGCUAAAGCUUGGAUGAUUGGUUAUUGGAGUUGAUUAAUGAUCCCAAAUGUUUCAUCUGCCUCACUUUGCCAUCUUCUCAAUCUAAUUUCCAUAUAUUACUUGUUGAGUGAUGGAUAGCUAAGCUUUUACCUUUCUAAGAAUGAAUGGGAGUUUCCGCCUUCUUGUGAAUCAGAGAUUGUGUACUAUUCCUGUAACUAUAGGCUUAUCCAGCUCUUCACCGAAGGGGCAAGCACUACACACAGUCAGCUGUACUUUUAGCCGGUCUACCUUUGUAACUUGUGCUUCUUCAGCUGUGAAAGAGUUGGAGCCAUCAACUGCUCAGGUUGUUAGGAAAAUGGGGAGGGGAGGCCGGAUUCUCUUCCUAGCUGGGGCAGGGGUGGGGAGGGUGCGGGUAGAAGGAAGCAUGUUUUGCCCAACUCCUAGGAGGAAAGGAAGGUCAUAUGAUCCUACCCUCCAUUGGGUAUAUUAAGCAGUAAUACAUAGAAUUUUCCUUUUAUCAUUUGAAACAACAACAGGAAGAAAUUGUUGCUGUUUCUCAGAGCUGAAUGCUGAGCAACAUUUGUUAGGGACGUGUGUAGAUUUAAAUUGUAGCAGGUAUUCAGGGUCAGGAAAGAGAAUGUAGGGGGAUGAGGAACAGCACAUCCGGUGUAAGUGAGUCAGGAGAAAGCACCAGGCCCAAGCAGAACAAGCCUCUUGGGAAGUUCCCAGAACUGGCUGAGGCCCAUUUCAUCUCCAGUGAUAGGAUGUUUUUCCUUAAAAGUCACUUUUUGGUUUUUUUUGUCGCUUUUUCCAGAUAAAGCCUUAGUUAGUAGCCUCUAAAUAUCAACUAUGCAGAUAAACAUACACAUUUUCCACAUUUUCCCUCUUUUUUCCAUUCUUUAAAUAACAGACGUUAAUGAAGACUUCUACCCAAAGAAAUAAGGCAUAAGGGUUUUGUUGAAUGUGUGUUUGUUCCUCUAGGGAAAAGUAAUGGAAACAUAAAAAUAGAGAUAUUUUGUGUGUUCAUCUAUCCUAAAAUGUGAACUUUAUAUUGAAAAACUAAGUACAGAUUCUGGUGCAAACUGUAGUUAGAAUCAUGAAAUGUCUUUGGGUUGUUAAGAUAAAACCAUCCCAGUGUUCAAUUCUGAGAAAGUUUUAGAUUCUGUGGCACAGUGUUCGCGUUUGUGGAGCUAAACAGAUGGUCAGACUAUAAUUAAAAAGUAGCUUUGAAUAUUAAUGUCAAAUUCUUAUUCUUUCUUCAUUUUCUUUAGUCUUCAUUCUUCUUUCCUCUAGUCUGAGCUCUUAAGUUAACCAUUUCAUCUACCAAUUGCUACUCUAGAAUAUAAGUUGCUAAGAGUCUGGGGAGGAAAGGUUAAACUGUCUUUCACCUCCUUUUCUCACUCACAUUGACCAUCUCUGCUGUGUUCCCGUUGAAUUCAAAAGUAAAGACUACAGGAGUUUUCCAGGAGGCUAUUUACAUCCCAGCGCAGACUCAGACAGGAACUGGUAGGAUUUUAAUCAGACUGCCUUUGAAUAACUUGGUAUUAAGUUAAUUAUGUUUUUCUCAGAUACUCCCAAAGUACCAUUUGCUUGGAAGUAACUAUUUGUGAUCUUUAUUUCAUUUCCUCAUACUGUAAUACUUUUAUUUUUCAGCCUUUCUUUCAUGUCCAUUUUAGAGUGGGUUAGUACUUUUCCGAACUGUUACCUAAACAGGUCAAGAAUACUUUAAAAAAUUUCAGUAGUAAAAUUAAAGGGGUCUAUAUGUCCAGGACUUAGAGUCAUCACUGGUGACCUGAAUUUUUUUUUUCUCUUCUUUGUGUUAAAAAUAGAUUUCUCUACUAUAUAAAGCAGUAGUAGCUACAUUGCAUGGCUUCCUCUUGAUACUUUUCAAGGUUAUUCAAAAGAGAUGCAAAUCUUGUUAGGGCUCUUAUUUCACAUAGCACUCUGCCUUGCUUGUUUUCAUUACUUCCCCAGGAAUAAACCUACUUUGCAAAGGUCUGAGUCAGAUAGGCCAUAUGAAUGCUUAGUACCAAUUUUAUAUUCUUCAGAAAACUCUCUAUACAUUAUUUGCUCCCAUUUUGCCAAUAAUAAUAUUCUAUUUUAUCUUAAAUCUAGUUUUAAAAUAUUUUGUAAUAAAGCACUAAUGGAAACCUAAUUGAAAUACAAACAAGAUAAUGAUUACCUAAAAUAACUUGGAGAUACUUCUGUUUUUUAAGUUAAAAGCUCCAUCUGCCCUCUAAGCACAUUUAGGACUCGGCACUAACCAAGACCAACCAACUAGCAUGUUUUUCUGUGUGACAACAUGCCCUUUGUCAGAUCUCAGCUAUAUUAUGUUUUCUGUCCUUGCGGCCAUAAACUUACCUCCUUUUUUUGCUACUUUCUUCUAUUUGCAGGGGUAGUAUGCCCUGUGCCCACACAUUGGGUUUUCUUUCCUGUACCUGUGAAAUUACCAAGAAUUAUCCCAAUUUUGGCCAGAGGCAUUAAAAGAGAAGUUAUUCUCAGUUGACAAAGGUAUUACUGUUUUAUGUAGGUAGUUGGAAAGUUGACCAAGUUUGGCCAACUUUAAAAAUCCUGGCUAUGCUUACAUAAUUAAUUACAUAGACCUUCUGAGACCUUCAGAUAAGCAAGGGGCCCUUUCACCAGUAGAGGUAGGUUUCCAACCUACACAUAAUUUCCUGGCCAGCCUCCAGAGGAAGGAUUCAAGCUUUGUACUGUUCUUUUCUUGGCUGUCAUCGGAAAAACUAUAUUAUAGAAUGUAUCAAAAGUAUCUAAUUGUCCUUAAGAAGAGUAUGUAAAUGUGGAGCUUGCCCUUGUUUAUUGCUCACUAGACACUGUCAAACUUAAAAGAAAGGGAAAAAAAAUCUCUGGCUGGUGAAAAUUUUGUGCCCCAAGUAAUAUGUUAAUCAAAGUCUACCACGGUAACCAAGUGAUGAGUGUUUUCUCUUUUAUUACAAGCAAGAAAACUCAUUUGCAGUUGUAAAAAUUAUUGUGGGACUGCAGACCUAUUUGCUGUAACUGAUUGGAAAUAAGGAUUCUGAUUUUUAGGCUGGGUAAUAAGCACAUAUUUCCACCCCUUGCAGUAUGAAUUUUCAUAAAGGAAAGACUUUUGUUUGGUAACAGAAGGAAAAACAGGACUUAUUUAUACAGUGAAUGUUCACUCUUUAGAGGAACUUCCCUCCAGUUACACAUCAUGUUCUUACUUUAGCCACCUCCACACUUGAUAUAGAUGCCAACAUGUUUUACGAGUCUUGAAGGAAGGAGCCUAAAUAAGUGCUGCUCCUCUGGGUGAAAGGCCCUGAUUAUUGUAUUGCAUUUGUUUAUAGGGAGGUGUGUUUUUGCUAACUUGAAGGGAUAUACUGUAUUUUAAGUAAGUGUGUGACUUAAUAUUUUGGGAUUUUUUUUCCUCCUUUAAAACUGGACCUGAACACAGCUUUGAGUUGAUAUUUGUAAUAAUCUCAGGACCUGAAAGAUUGUAGCAUUUAGUGUGUCUUAAAAAUUAUGUACUGUACCAGCCAUGGAUUUUUGUAAAUAUACCUGUCUCCCUUUUUUGUAUUAUUUUAGUAAAAAAAAAUAAUAAUAAAUUUAAAUAAAAGGGGGUGGUGAUGACACGUGGAUGGGUGUGGGUAUGUAUGUGUGUGUGUUUGCAUAAGGCUCUUUUGAGAUGAACUGGUGCUUGUUUAAUUUCCGGCUCGAAUCAGAGCAGGAAUAUGGACAAACUGCUGCUACUGAACCCUGCACUGAGCCUAGGUGUUUCCAUUGUGUUUCCUAGUGAUUGACCAGGAAAUGACUAAGUUAAAAUUCUUCCCACUGCCAUCUUGCCUUUGGAUUCUCAGUUCUACACACUUUUUGAACUUUAAAGGUAAAGCUUUCCAAACUUUGGGUGGUUUGCUGGUCUCUAGUUUUUAGAGAGCUCUUGUCACUAUUUUCUAAGAAGAAAGGACAGGUAAAUUUUUUUAACCAAAAAAAAAAAAAAUCACAUUUCAUAAAACCCGGAUGAAUUUUGGAGAGGACUUAAACAUUCCUAAAUGUGGAUCUGUGAAUUUAGUAAAUAGACCCUAUUGAUAUACUCAGUGCAGGGAUUUUUGUUUUUUUCGUAACAGCCUUGCUCAUAUUCCAGGUGUAGCUAAGCAAACCCCUGUUUUAAAGCAGGAGCCUUAUUUGAUUCAGUGUAGAUGUUUUCCUGUCUAUCCUUUGUGACAGGGCCUUUUACAUGAGUGUUUUUUCUUUUUUGUAUGUGUCACGUGUUUGUUGUAUUAAAUAAAGAGGAAUGUACAUAUUAUUCUCGUGUCUGUUGUAUC